GUGUGAAAAAAAACCGAUUUGUUUUGUUUGAAAUUUUAAAAUGUGAUUUUGAGGUUCAAUUACAAGAAGUCAAAACAUAUGACAAUACUCAAAAGAAGUUCGUAUACAUUUGUGAUGUUAAUAAGUUAAUAUUAGCUAUGUCGAAACCCUGGUUCAAUAAAAAAUUUCCAAGAAAAAACAAAACGUAUGACAAUAAAAAUGAACCGAGUUUUAUAACCAACUUAUCCAACCAUGGUUUCAGUGGAUUCAGAUUAUACUUUCCUGAUGAAACUAAUUUGGAUUGUACAGAGAUACUGAAACAUGUAUCAUGUUUUAAAACAUUUUUCAAAGAAAAUUCGUCAAUUUACUCCAUUGCCGACAUUGUCAGUGCUAGAUCGUUUACGAUUGAGUAUAAAUUCAUAGUUGAUCACAAUGAAAUAUUGUCCAAGUGGAUUAAUUUCAAAGAUGACUUAAUUGACAACUGUGAAUAUUCUCUCAAAUGCAUAGGUUUGGCAAUGCACCAGUUCAUCAUAGAUAGUUAUGAAAAUGAAGCCCAAGAAAAUCGUGAAAAUGUAGUAAAGUUGGUGGAAGUGCCCAUGAUUCAAGCCCGAAUAUCUAAUGUCGAACCUAUCUUGCAAUUAAAAGACCUCCGAGUGAAUUGUUACG